AUGGAAGACGAAUUUUGCGAAUGCCGGCCAUUGGGAUUCUUGAUUGGAUUACCCUUCUCUCUCGCCUCAUUGCUUCUCUGUCUCGUCGGUGCAUUUAUCUGGCUUUUUGGGUCAACAUUAAGUUGCUUGUGUCCAUGUUGCAUAUGGUGCGCAGAAUUGGGCAAUGUGGGUGUGAGUCUUGUAAAGCUUCCAAUUGGAGUUCUUAAAUGGUUCAUUCGCAAGAUUCCUUGUUAG